CAACCCCAAGCUCUUUCACCAUGAACAGACAAGUCUGCAAGAAGUCCUUCAGUGGCGGGAGCCAGGGCUUCUCUGGCCACUCCGCCAUCGUCUCCGGCAGCAGCAGGAUGAGCUGUGUGGCCCGCUCUGGGGGAGCAGGUGGAGGGGCCUGUGGGAUCCGGAGCGGAGCAGGUGGCUUUGGCAGUCGCAGUCUCUAUAACCUGGGUGGCAACAAGAGCAUCUCCAUCAGUGUGGCUGGUGGCUCCCGGGCUGGUGGUUUUGGGGGAGGGCGUAGCAGCUGUGGCAGUGGCUAUGGAGGUGGCUAUGGAGGUGGCUUUGGUGGUGGCUUUGGUGGUGGCAGAGGAAUAGGAGGUGGCUUUGGAGGGGCUGGUGGCUUUGGAGGGGCUGGUGGCUUUGGUGGAGUUGGUGGCUUUGGAGGGCCAGGUGGCUUUGGUGGGCCUGGAGGCUUUGGGUCUGGUGGCUUCCCUGGGGGAAUCCAGGAAGUGACUGUCAACCAGAGCCUCCUGCAGCCCCUCAAUGUGGAGAUCGACCCCCAGAUUGGGCAGGUCAAGGCCCAGGAGCGGGAGCAGAUCAAGACCCUCAACAACAAGUUCGCCUCCUUUAUCGACAAGGUGCGGUUCCUGGAACAGCAGAACAAGGUCCUGGAAACCAAGUGGAAUCUGCUCCAGCAGCAGACCACAGGCUCUGGCUCGGGCCCCAACAACCUGGAGCCUUUCUUUGAAUCCUACAUCAGCUUCCUACGCAGGCAGCUGGAUUCGGCUGUGGGGGAGAGAGGGAAUCUGGAAGGAGAGCUGAAGAACAUGCAAAGCCUGGUAGAAGACUUCAAAAAGAAGUAUGAAGAUGAGAUCAACAAACGCACUGCGGCGGAGAAUGAGUUUGUGGGACUCAAGAAGGACGUGGAUGCAGCCUACAUGAACAAGGUAGAGCUGCAGGCCAAGGUGGACACCCUGACCGACGAACUCAACUUCUUGAGGACCCUUUAUGAGAUGGAGCUGUCCCAGAUGCAGAGUCAUGUCAGUGACACGUCUGUGGUCCUCUCCAUGGACAACAACCGCUGCCUGGACUUGGACAGCAUCAUUGCUGAGGUCAAGGCCCAGUAUGAGGAGAUCGCCCAGAGGAGCAAGGCCGAAGCUGAGGCCCUGUACCAGACCAAGCUUGGGGAGCUGCAGAACACUGCUGGCAGGCAUGGGGAUGACCUGAAGAGCACGAAGAGUGAGAUCAUGGAGCUCAACAGGAUGAUCCAGAGGCUGCGGGCUGAGAUCGAGAGCAUCAAGAAGCAGAAUGCCAACCUUCAGGCAUCCAUUGCUGAAGCUGAGCAGCGUGGGGAGGUGGCCCUCAAGGACGCCAAUGCCAAGCUCGAAGGCUUGAAGGCUGCCCUACAGAAGGCCAAGGAUGAUCUGGCCCGGCUGCUGCGUGACUACCAGGAGCUGAUGAAUGUCAAGCUGGCCCUGGACAUCGAGAUCGCCACCUACCGCAAGCUGCUGGAGGGCGAGGAGUGCAGAAUGUCUGGAGAAUGUCAGAGUGCUGUGUGCAUUUCGGUGGUCAGCAAUGUCACCAGCUCAAGCAGCAGCUCUGGUGGAAGCCGUGGAGGAGGGUUCAGUGGCAGCAGCAGUGGUGGCUACAGAGGCAGCGGCAGCACCAGCAUCAGCAGAGACAGCAGUGGUGGCUACAGAGGCAGCAGCAGCACCAGCACCAGCAGAGGCAGCAGUGGUGGCAACAGAGGCAUAAGCGGUGACAGCAGUAGCUAUGGUAGUGUGAGCGGUGGCAGCACUGGGGGCUACCAGAGUGGCAGCAGUGGGAGCAGGCUUGUCAGUGGAAGCAGUAGUUCUGUGAGCCAGAGUGGAACUGGCUCCAACUCUGGCGGCAUCCAGUCCUUUGGAGGCAGUGGCUACAAGUCUGGCAGUGGAGGCAACGCCAAUAUCCGCUUCUCCCAGACCACCAGCUCGAGCCAGCACAGCUCCAAGUGA